AUGGUCUUGGGGACAAGCAAGGCUUACGUCGGGCAGCGGCAGAUCAUCACAGAAUGGAAGGGCCGGAACCUGUCCCUCGAGAAACAACGGUUCAACAAGACGGUGCAGCACUACCGUGGGCGUGUGGAGCACCUCAUUGGCCAGGUAGUGGACAACCGUAUGGCUCUGUGCACUACGUGGCGCGGCUCGUUCACCCUGCUUGCCGCGGUCAUGAAGAUCGCGGCGCACAUGGUUGGGCUCCAGGAGCGUAUGAAGGGACCUAGGUAUGAUGUGUUUGGCCCGUGGCCGGAGCUGCUGGCGGAGGUCGAGGCGGAGAAGAAGCGCGCCAAGGGCAAGAAGGGCAAGAAGAAGAAGAAGGGUGGCGGGGCGGGCGGGGCGGGGCCGUCGCAGGAGCCCGAGGCGCCGUCGGAGGCAGACGCAGCCGAGGCGGCGAAGAAGGCCGAGGAGGCGAGGCUUCUCCGGCUUCUCGAGACGCUCACCGAGGAGAGGAUGCGGCUCGGCAUCACGCCGGAGAGCCAGGCGGCGGCGUCGGCCGAGGUGGCCGAGGCGGCGCGCUUGGACGCUGCGGCGGACGAGGCGGAGGAGGAGGCGGAGGCGGAGGAGAAGGCCGAGGCGGUGGCUGAGGCGGCGGAGGCGGAUGCCGAGGCUGCACAGGCGGAGUCCAAGGCGGCGGAGGAGGCGGCCGAGGCGGCGCAGGCGGCGGCCAGAGUGGCGUUUGAGGAGGCCAAGGCGACGCUGGGGAAGGCCACGGCGGCUCGCGAGGGGCGCGAGGCGGCGCGAGAGGAGGCGGCGGCCGCGACAGAGGCGAGGCGUGCUGCUGCAGUCGCUGCGAGGGCCAGGGCGACCGCCGCCAGGAUGGCAGCGGAGGCGGCCCAGCGCUCAUAG